UGAAGAGGUAAGGGAGGAGGAUGGUACAUGUGAUCAGCAUAACAUACCAAUGCAUAUUGACAUACCAUAUUUUAUACCUCCAGUUCAGUCAUCUGCACCCAACACAGCUAGCAUAUCUUAUAGCCUACACAUUCUUACCUCUUUGUUGAUUCAUAUCCAUUGAAUUGUGUCCAUUUUCUGUUUCAGAAAGAUUUGCACAAAAGAUAAACAGUAUCAUCAUAAAACAAUAUCAAUGUAGAUCAUACAGUAAUUUAAAUUGAGGAGAUCUUUACAUUCUUCAGUUAAGUGGCUAAACCUGCUGCCCUUUCAAAUUCAAAUGUUUCAGUUGGGCAGUUAGGUUCCUGCAAGAACCCCCACCGACUAAGAAGGUUUCUCGAUGAACCCCACCUCCUAUGGGGUUCUUAGAAUAGCUUUUAGGGGAUAUUUUCAGUGCCAAGAACCCUAAGGUUCUUUGAAGAACUUUGAGGAUCUUAGAAGAACUCUUGUUGAACCCCCUCAUUUUUAGAGCGCAGGAAAAAAUCUUACCUUUUCUAGCGGAUUUUGUUUAGUCGACGUUUGGAAAUGUACUGACAAAUCAGGCCUGUUGUAACAUGUACUUUACAGGCAUAACACGUUUGGAUGGUAACCUGGUUACUGUCCGCCUCUCAGGUAACAUCAGUGUACUUCCCAUAUAUGCACUAUAUGGUUUGUUUACUUCCACUAUUAGCUGGCUAAUCCAGCCAAAUGUUUACCGGUAAACACGAUGAUUUGACUUUUGAACAUCUGGUCAGCCUUUCCUAGUGUUACAUACUACAACAUAACUUUAUUGCGUGACAGGGCACAGAAUAAUCUUAUUUAUGAUAUUUAUUUGUGAUUACCAUCAAUAUUUAUUUCAAGCAUUCUGAUCACAAAGGCUGCCAUCUGUGAGUCUGGCCAUAGAGUCUAUGCUCUAUGCUCAUAUUAUAUUUUGUGGGACCUUGUUCCCUCUAUUGGGCAAUGAUUUCUCUCUCUCUCUAUCUCUCUCUCUCUCUCUCUCUCUCUCUCUCUCUCUCUCUCUCUCUCUCUCUCAUACCUUACUCAUAUGCCCGUGGCCUUGUGCCAUUAGAGAAGCUGCUGUAAAUGUCAGACAGAGGCUGUUUGUUCAGGGUGAUUGCAGUUUCAUGAGGAACAUCGGUCUCUCUGACAGUAGUUUACUAAGCCCACAUCCUGUAUAUACCUGCUGUGAUAAGAGGAACAUUGUCAGACGGAUGGGGCUCGCAAUCCCAAGCAGGUUGCCAGAUGACAGUGCCCAUUUCUUACUCGAACCCCGUCAGUUUACCAAUGUGAACUAAUCUCAGACUCUGAGAAAACAUGAAUGAGUUAUUCGUCUCAGAUGUCAUGGCAGACCAGGAGGAUUCAUUGCGAGCUAUGCAGAACUGCUUCCGCAGUCAGUUUAGUAUGGAGGAGGUUGAGUGUGAAGACAUUGAAGCGAGCAGGAGAACAUCAUCAGUUGAUGAAGACAGUAUCUAUCUUGCCUGCACACUGUCACGAUCAUACGAACUCGGAGACUCUGAUCUUCACCACACUCCUGUUAUCAAGAUGGGCUGGCUGGACAAGACCCCACCUCAGGGGAGCCUUAUUUUCCAGAAGCGUUGGGUGAUGUUGGAUGCACAGUACCUGCGAUACUUUCAAAAUGAGAAGGAGGUCUACUCAAAGCGGAUCAUAGCCAUACUGUUUGUCACUGAAGUGCUUAACGUUGGAGAGCAGAAGUUUGAGGUGGUGACAAGGAACAGGACUUUCUUGUUCCGUGCUGAAAACAACACUGUCAGGGAGGAAUGGGUGUCCGUACUGAAAGAAACUAUUCAGCAGCGUCGUAGCAGCAUGGAGAUGUCCCUUAUGAACUUCGGUUUUACUAGUGGACAGCGUGAUAGUGGAGUCUCUCUCAUUAGUAAACAAGGAUACCUGGAGAUGAAUGGACUGCGCUCCAAGGUCUAUGUAGUCAUCUGUGCUGACAGGGUCUUCCUCUACGGGAACGCUGAGGAGCACAGCCAGGGUGUUGGCAUCACCUACAUUGAGAUGAAUGUGGGUACUGUGAAGAGCACAGACAAACGGUCCUUCAACCUCACCACCUUCUACAGAACAUUCAGUUUCCUGGCCGAGUCGGCGCAGCAGAGGGAUCAGUGGGUGGAGGCCCUGCAGGACUGUGUCAGUCGCUCUCUGUCCAGCGAUGUGGUGGCCCAGAAGAUCUGGGCUGUGGAGGCCAACCAGCGCUGUGCAGACUGUGGCGCCCCCCAUCCAGACUGGGCCUCUGUCAACCUCUGUGUGGUCCUUUGCAAGUGCUGUGCAGGCGUGCACAGGGGUCUGGGCCAGAGUGUAUCCAAAGUUCGCAGUCUGAGAAUGGAUGAAAAGGUGUGGACUGAUAACCUUAUUCAGGUGUUCCUGUUAGGUAACAACAGGGUAAACCUGUUCUGGGCAGCUAACACGCCACCAAGCGAGGCGCUCCAACCAUCAAGUGAUAGUGAGAAGCGCCGGCGCUUUGUCUCUGCUAAGUACUGUCAGGGGAAGUAUCGCCGCUACCAUGCUCUGUUUGGCCAACAGGAGGCCCUCAACAAAGCUCUGUGCAGUACUGUUCAGACGGAUGAUGUAUUGGAGACUCUGUCUCUGGUGUUCUGUGGAGCAGAUGUGAACUGUUAUACAGGUGAUCCAGAGCUGCCCAGCCCUGUGUCUGUGGCCCAACACUAUGGACAGAUAUUACAGGUGGAGUUCUUAACUCACAACCACAACACAGAUCUGCCAGGGUCUAGGGCUGGAAAUCACACACUCCUAGAGGCUGCUCUCCCUGUGUCACACACUGGUUAUCUCUUCAAGACCGCUUCUUCAAUACGCCCAGUAACAGAGUGCAAAGCAAAAGGAGAUUUUAGCCGUCGAUGGUGCUCUCUGAACCAAGGUAACUUCAGCUACUAUGAGAGUGAGAAGAGCUCCAGUCAGAGCGGCGGGAUGAAGAUGAGUGAUGUCCUGUGUCUGUUGGUCAAUCCCCCAGGGAAACAUGGUUAUGCCCAUUCCUUUGAGCUGUACCAUGACUCUGGGAGAGUCUAUCUAUUUGGAGAAGACUCCUCUGACAAAGUGAAAGGGUGGAUCAAGGCCAUCGCCAAGGCGCUGGUCCCCUCUGCAGCAGAGGACCUGGUGUGCUGGCCCUUUGCGAGGGUGGGUCGGUUGAGCUACACUGAGGGCCAGAGCCACCACAGCCCCCUCCUGGGCUGGUUCUCCCUGGGGGGCUCCAGACUGCUCCUACUCCUCCACGGAGCAGAUCGAGUGGAGAACAUCGACCUGCGCAAAAUAAAGGAGCUCUCCAUGGAGCAGGAGGCUGGUGCUGGUGCUGUGGUGCUGGUGGACAGAGGCAGGAGCCUGCGUGUGGAGGGGGACAGGAGGCCUGACUUCCAGGGCUGGCUGAGUGGGCUCCAACAGGGCUCAGGGAGAGGAGAUGGCCCCCUGGACCAGCAGCAGCUCACUUACACAGACGUCCCUGUCAUCGUGGACCGCUGCAUGAGCUACAUCACACAGCAUGGUUUGAAGUCAGAGGGCAUCUAUCGGAGGUGUGGUGUGAACUCCAAGAUCGCCGCCCUGCUGUUCUUUCUCCGCCAUGACGCCCGGCAGGUCCGUCUGAAUGAAGGGGAGCGCCAGGUGGAUGACGUGGCAAACGUCCUGAAAAGGUUCCUCAGGGAAGUGGGAGAGGGGGUUUUCAAUGGCCAUCAGGCCUCUCUGCCAUGGCUCCACACCACUACUGUCAGUAAGAUGAGUGAGAGAGUGUCCCAGUACCAGGCCCUCCUCCACAGCCUCCCGCGAGUCAACAGAGCCACUCUGGGGGCUGUCAUCAACCACCUCUACUGCGUCCAGUGCUUUGCAGAUGAGAAUCAGAUGAACAUGCACAACCUGGCCAUUGUGUUUGGUCCCACGCUCUUCCAGAUGGACGGCACUGAUAACAGCGCAGGACAGGUGGUAGAGGAUCUCAUCCAGAACUACCAGGACAUCUUCAAUGUGGAUGCAGAGCAGUUUCAGAGACAGUUGGACAUGAUCUCGCAUGUCAUCAAAGCACAGAAGGAACACACAGAGGAGGGAAGCCCCUCACCUCUCACCAUCUGCGGGGUUUACCUGGAGAGGAAGGAGGAGGGCUCUGAGCUGCUGGUUCAGAUCUCCCAGGAAGUGAGUGCUGAAGAGCUGGUGUGUAAGGUCCUGAGACGCAGGAACAUCCCUCCACAGCAGGGGGACUACUGGAGCUGCUUCCUGGUCGACAACAACCAGGAGAUAGAGCGUCCAUUGCACUAUCAGGAGCAAGCGCUGACUAUCUAUUUCUCUCUGGGUAAAGACUGUCAUCUGGUGGUCAAGAAGAACUGCUACAUGGAGGCCAUUCUUACCUACAUAGCAGGCAGGGUAGAUGUCUCCCGAAACGGCCUGAUCAAGUUCUGUGAAGAGAAAGGUCAAAGGGGUAAGGGAACCUUCAGCAGACGCCUCUGUGUGCUCAGUGGCUUGUCUCUAAGGCUGUACAAAGAUGUGAAGAGUUCUCAGCCUGAGAGGGAGUGUCAAAUCCACUCUCUGAAGGUCUACUGUGGUAUCAAGAGGAAGUUACAGCCACCGUCAUGCUGGGGGAUGACUGUAGUGUGUGAGAAGGCAGUACGAGACAUACAGCAAUGGUACCUGUGCUGUGAAUCAAAGAACGAGCUGAUCGAGUGGCUGGCCACUUUUAUGAGCCUCCAGCAUGAUGGCGAUCUGUGGCCAGCAGCUUCCAGGCUAGAUUCCUGAUCUGAGGCUAAAGGGGAAAUAACCUGAUCCUGCUUUCCCAUCCCAUCUACUACUAGAGAUGUUUUCAAGUCUUCAGGUCUUUCCUGGAAAGAAAUGCGCUUUCACUGUAUAUCAAAUCAAUAACCUCAAAGUAUAUAUUUUCUCUGUCAAUAUUUGGUUGAACCUAUUUAUAACCCACAGCUAUGGUAAUAACAGGGGAGGCAGUAUAGAACUACACUAUAACAACAAACUCCCAUUCUAAAAAUGAGUAACAAUAAUAUUAGAGGGACAUGAGAAAUAUAAUCUAAACGCGAUGUUGACUUUGAGGUUCUCUUUUCUGGGAACAUAAUGACCAUGUUGGAGAGCUGCAGUCGUAAAGCCAUCUAAGAUGAGACACAGUGCUUUCUGUUCAUGUCAUAAUUUUUUUAUUUUUUAUUUUUUAUUUUAUUUUACCAGGCAAGUCAGUUAAGAACACAUUCUUAUUUUCAAUGACGGCCUAGGAACAGUGGGUUAACUGCCUGUUCAGGGGCAGAACGACAGAUUUGUACCUUGUCAGCUCGGGGGUUUGAACUCGCAACCUUCCGGUUACUAGUCCAAUGCUCUAACCGCUAGGCUACGCUGGUAACAGUGGUGGUCAGUAAUGAUUGGAGAGCAGGAUUUCUACGCUGUCACUACUCAAGACCACAGCUUGUUGCAUUACAGAGAUGUGCAGUUUAUAUUACUUUCAUUAAUUUCAUUAGCUCAUCCUUUAACAGAACCUUAACAUGAAAAGGAAUCUGAGUUGUAAGGCUAGCUAGACAGCACCCUUAGAGCAGCCAGGGCAGGGAAAGGAGACCGAUCCGGUUGCUAUUGCAGAUUCAGCAUCGAUCCAGUGCCGAAGCCCCAGAGGUUUCUCUCUCCCUCUCUGUAUCUAAAUCUGGGUCGUUCCACCAAGUCGGUGGCUUUUGAGAAGUGUAACUUUAAAAACAUUUUUAUCUUCAUAAAAAAACACGUUUUAAAUAACGUUUCAAAUAAAGUAACAGAGUUGACCGUAACAGGGUUGAUGAUUUCAUUUUUUAGAAGCCAGAAAUCCCCUUGUGACAGGGGGAAUGGAAGCUUGUUGUGUACAACAGGGAGUGGCAGUUGAAUGCAAUCUUCACAACAUCAACAAAAAUAUUUUUGGGAUGUUGUUAAGUUGGUUAAAAUCCUCCCUAGAUGUCAGAGAGGGACCUGUCAAAACGCUGACUUUUAGAACUUUAGUCAAUCUUUAUUCAUAUACAAAUAAUCUGAUUGAUUGAAUUCUUCAUGUUGUCUAUAUUAAAGAUGCACUCAGGGAUCUUAAGCAUAACACAUUUGUUGCAUAAUGCACAAAUUAUUUUAGCAUAUCACACAAAAUUGCAAAAUACAUAUGAUUUCAUGCAAAUUGCAAAAUGUGUAACUUAUCACAUGAAAUGAACGACGUAGUACACAAAAUAACAGAGAGCACCACUUUCCAAACUACUGGCUGAAAUUACACAAAAGUUAGAGAGAACAUCUUUAAAAGGCCUUUCAUUUCAUAUAUACCAAGCAAUAAACACUACAUAUUGGUGCACAAUUUCUACUUCAAAUAUCAAAGGGAUGCAAAUGCCACUCUUUUUGUGGAACGACCCAUCUCCUUUUACGAGCUGCAGAGAUGCUGCUGCUCAGAUAGACACCAUAACAGCAUUCCGCUGUACUGAGAGGGUGGACUGGGGUUAGAGCUGUGAAGACGGGGCCCUGUUCCAGCUGUUUGGGACUGUGACUGACAGGUGACAGCGAUGGGCCAGGCAUGUGGAAACUCCUUCUUGUGCCGUAGUCAGCAGUUCCAGCCAUCGACAACAGCAGAGAUGUAAGUGUAUACAUGUUGAUGCGCUGGGUGGUUGUGUCUGAAGUACAACAGAAUAUGCUGAUUAUACAUCAUUAUCUGACUACCUGAUUGUGAUAACGAAAUGUUGAUAUCAUUGUAUAUCAUUCAAAGUUGAAUUUGUCUUUGAAAUACAAUGUGUAUGGUUUUUGUGUUACUUAAAAUCAUUAUCCCACUGUUCCUUUUAUGUCUGAGGUCAGGAUGCUGUGGCCAUUAAAAAUCCUCUUUGACAUGGUUGGUUGAUCAAAGCAAAACAUUACCGAUUUAAUAAAUCCACUUCUACUGUAGAAGAAGCAUAGAAAUAAAAGGCCUGUCAGUGUUUGAUCAUUUCUCCUUCAAAAUAAAAUAAAAAGUCUGAAGAGGUAGAGAAGUAGAUUAUUUCUACACCCUAGAUCUCUGAUGGUAAAUUGUUUAUUGUAGCCUUUGAUAUGGAUGUGUUUGCAAAAAUGGCUUGCCUAAAACACUGUAGUAGGUAGUCUCUUCACACUGCCGCUGUAUCUAGAGUCUAGACUAUUUGAAUGGCAAUCACAGUCCAUUUUUGUCAUAAAUAAAAACAUUUCAAGACUUUGA